ACUCCAUCCGCAAGCGCUCCCGGCCCCCAUCCGCGACGCGCCGCCUCCUCUGCUCGCGAGUCGCGACUCGCACGCGCUCCCUCCGCGACGCCGCCGUCCGCUCGCCGGCGACGAGCAGCCGCCUGAGCAGGCAAGCAUCCGUCCCAUCCGCCGGCUUCCCUGCUCCCAUCCGACGAGCAUCCUCUCAGGGACGGCGCGACCCUCCCUGGCUUCCGUGCUCUCCGUCCGCCGGCAGGCAAAGCACCCGUCCGCUCGUCUCCAGCCUGCUCGCCACUCGCCAGUCGCCCCUGGCCGCCCGAGCAGGCGAGCACUCGUCCGAGCAGGCGAGCACUGUCCGCCCGUCCGCCCCUGCUCGCCACUCGCCAGUCGCCAUCGCCAACGCCAAGUCUCCAGCCUGAGCCUGCCGGAUCGGGGUCGACCUCCAGUGAAUGGCGUCUCCCAAUUUGAGUGGUGCUAGUGCUAGUGGUACUGGUAGUGUAGGAUCUGCAGCCACACAGCCAACAGACAUUAAGGCUCCACUUUGGGAUCAUGUGAUUAUUCUGGAGAAGCCUAAAGCUGGUGGAGGAAAUGCUAUGUGGCGCUGCAAGUACUGUCCAAUGCAAAAACUGAGUAGUUACACUAGAGUUGAGGCUCAUUUGCUGCAGAUUUCAGGAAAGGGAAUAGGUAAAUGUCCUAAUGUCACAUAUGAAAUGCUGAGUGCAAUGAGAAAGGAAAUUGAAAGGUGCAAGAAUCUGGUGGAAAAAUCCAGGUCCAGAAUGGUUUCACUACCUACUGCUCCUUCCUCGAGCAAUACCGAUGACACCAACAAGAGGUCUAAGAGGGGGCCUACUUCUGCAUUGGAAAAAGCUUGGAGAGCGGAAGACCGUAAUCACUUGGAUGCUUUGAUCAGUAGAGCAAUUUAUUCUGGAGGGGUUUCUUUCAAUUUUUUGAGAAAUCCAUAUCUUCGAGAAGCUUUUGCCUUUGCUAGCAGCAGAAACAUGCAAGGUUAUGUGAUGCCUGGUUACAACAGAGUUAGAGAGGGACUGUUGAGGUGUCAAAAAUGAGGAUGGUUUGCUUCAAGAAGUUCUUUCCCAAUCCAGAAGACUUAGCAAAAGUAAAAGAUGAGUAUGCAAAGUUCUCUAGUUGUUCUGAAGAGUUUAAUGAUCCUGACUCAAUCCAUGAUAGAUGGGCUGUUUCCCCUAUGACUUGGUGGACAAAUCAUGGACAAGGAGCAGCCAUGUUGAUGAGUUUGGCCAUGAAAUUGCUUAGUCAACCAGCCUCAUCUUCUUGCUGUGAAAGAAAUUGGAGCACCUACAGCUUUAUCCAUAGUGUGAAGAGAAAUGCUUUAACUCCAGAGCGUGCUGAAGAUCUGGUCUUUGUGCACACAAAUCUGAGGCAUCUAUCUAGAAGAAGUGAUGCAUACAAGACAGGAGAGACAAGGAUGUGGGAUGUAGGAGGGGACUCUUUUGAUUCACUUGGUGGUAUUGGCAUUCUUGAAGUGGCUGACCUGUCCCUUGAUGAACCAGAAUUGCAAGCUAUGACUUUUGGUUUGGAUGCUGAGCACGAGCAGCAUGAUGUAGUGGAUGACAAUGGGACAACUGAGUAGGGAAUAAGACCUUGCUGGCUUGCUGCUGUCUUGCUGGCUGCUGCAAUGUUGCAUGAAAUUGACGUAUCCGCGUAUCCGUAUCCUUCCGAUACCGAUACGCGUAUCCGUAUCCGUGUAACAUAGUACACGGCUCUCUCGAGGCUCGUUUGCUUUCUCUCGCUGUCCCAUGGCGGCUGCGACGGCGGCAGGGGCAGCCGCCGCGGCCGCCGCCGUAUCCCUGAUCGCCUGCUACCUCCUCCUCCACAAGGGUAGACCCAACCUCCCGUGGGUCCCAACAGUUGGGUUUUCCCGCGCGAGCGGCCGGCGGGCGCGACGGAGGGGUCUCGUGGAGGCCAUCGGCAACACACCUCUCAUUCGCAUCAACAGCCUCUCCGACGCCACAGGAUGCGAGAUUCUGGGGAAGGCUGAGUUCCUGAACCCGGGUGGCAGCGUGAAGGACCGCGUGGCGGUUAAGAUCAUCGAGGAGGCUCUAGAAUCUGGAGAUCUCGUAUAUGGUGGUACUGUAACAGAGGGGAGUGCUGGAAGCACAGCUAUUAGCUUGGCUACUGUUGCUCCUGCCUAUGGUUGUAGGUGUCAUGUUGUAAUCCCCGAUGAUGCUGCCAUUGAAAAGUCUCAAAUAAUUGAGGCGCUUGGAGCUACUGUUGAACGAGUGCGCCCUGUUUCAAUAACUCACAGAGACCAUUUUGUCAACAUUGCCAGAAGAAGGGCUUUAGAAGCAAACAAAUUAGCAGCAGCACAGAGUGAAUCAAAUGAGAAACAAACUAAUGGUUUAGCACAUGUUGGUUCUGAGAUGAUGGAUGACAAGUUAACAGCUAUGCAGAGAGAGUCAAACAAGAUGCAAAAUAAUGAUCCAGCACUUUUCAGUACUGAAACUCUACACUCUGGAAAAUGUGAUGUGAAUUCUGAUUCAAAGGGAGGUUUUUUUGCUGACCAGUUUGAGAAUAUGGCAAAUUAUCGAGCACAUUAUGAAUGGACUGGUCCUGAGAUAUGGAAACAGACUAAAGGGAACCUGCAUGCCUUUGUUGCAGCAGCUGGUACUGGCGGUACAAUUGCCGGAGUCUCACGAUAUCUUAAGGAAAAGAACAGGAGCAUCAAAUGCUUUUUAAUGGACCCUCCUGGAUCUGGUCUGUUCAAUAAGGUUACCAGAGGGGUGAUGUACACAAAAGAGGAGGCUGAGGGAAAGCGGCUUAAGAACCCUUUUGAUACUAUUACUGAAGGAAUAGGAAUCAAUAGGGUCACUAAAAAUUUCAUGAUGGCGGAACUGGAUGGAGCUUAUCGCGGAUCAGAUAGGGAAGCUGUUGAGAUGUCAAGGUUCUUGCUGAAAAAUGAUGGACUAUUUGUUGGGAGUUCUUCAGCCAUGAAUUGCGUUGGCGCUGUAAGAGUUGCUCAAGAUUUGGGUCCAGGGCAUACAAUUGUGACGAUUCUUUGUGACAGUGGGAUGAGGCAUCUAAGCAAGUUCUUCAAUGAGCAGUAUUUGGCUGAUCAUGGAUUGACACCAGCAGCUACUGCUCUGGAAUUUCUUGAUAAAUGAGCAUUUCACAGGGAAUUUUCAGUUUCAGUGAAGUUGGCAUGCUCCCUCUUACUGCGAUGAUACCUUGACACAGGGUGAACACUGGAUAGGUGAAAGCAUGAAAAUAUGCCAUACAGUUAGUGAACCCUAAUGGAUGAAGCAUUGAUAUAUGCUAAGUACUAAUUGUAGUCUACUAGGCAUUGCCAUUGGAUAGGAUUGGGAUAGCCAGUGUUUUGGCUUUUGUUUUGAUAUAUAUCUAUUGAGGCUGUUACCAGUUAGAAUGCUGCACUGAGCAUCUUUGCUGUAAACAACUGCAAUAUAUGCAUUUUUUUGUUAAAAAAUGUUUCAAGAACAAUUCACCCGUUUUGAUCUGUUGUGUUGUACAUUGGCUAUGACAUCAAUCUGGUUAUACA